AAGCUGAACUGAAACUGGAAUUUGAAAAUAGAAAUCACCGAAUCAAGAAGAAGAAUCGAGAAAGAAAAGAAAAAAAAAAUGGAAAAAAAGUGGAAAUUGCUAUUGAGUUUACAAUUUCUGAUGGUUUUCUCCAGAGUCACCGCCAUUAAAGCUUCCCAAUGCUCCAUCAAAGGGUUUCAAAUUAAUGUUUCCAAUGCAUAUAAAACUAGGUCUUCCACUUGUGAGGAACAUCAGUGAACUUCCUCAGGAUAGUUAUGGAAGAGGCGGUUUAUCUCACAUUACUGUUGCUGGUUCUGUCUUACACGGCUUGAAAGAGGUGGAGGUGUGGCUUCAAACUUUUUCACCAGCCUCACGGACGCCUAUUCAUAGACACUCAUGUGAAGAAGUUUUUGUUGUUCUAAAAGGAAGUGGCACUCUCUAUAUUGCCUCGAGUUCGCACGAGAAGUCUCCGGGAAAACCACAAGAGCAUUUGAUUUUUCAGAAUAGCACGUUUAAUAUCCCUGUUAAUGAUGUUCACCAGGUAUGGAACACAAAUGAACACGAGGAUCUGCAGAUACUUGCUAUAAUAUCUCGUCCACCAGUCAAAUUGUUCAUGUAUGAUGAUUGGUCCAUGCCCCAUGUUGCUGCAAAAUUGAAGUUCCCGUACUACUGGGAUGAGCAGUGCCUCCAAGUUCAAGCACCUGUAAAAGAUGAGCUCUAACCACGUUGUAUUGUUGUGCAUAUCAGCUGUUCCAAUUUCUGUUGAAACAAGCUCCAACAGUUUAGAAUUUAUCUCACCCGAGAGGGGAAUAAGAGAUUUUUUGACUUGUACGCUAACAUUACUUGGGAGAACAUGUACAUAUAAGUUCUUGAAGUUCUUUAGUAAUGAAAAGGCACUUGGUAAUA